AUGCCGAAGGCAAAAGUUGCGCCAACGGUGAUCAGCUACAGUGCUGCCAUCAGUGCCUGUGAGAAGGGCGGGCAAUGGCAGCAAGCAUUGGAGUUUUACAAUGCUGCCAUCAGUGCUUGUGAGAAAUGCGGGCAAUGGCAGCACGCAUUGAAGUUGUUUGAGGCCAUGCCCAAGGCGAAGGUUCAGCCCGACGUGAUCAGCUACAGUGCUGCCAUCGGUGCCUGUGAGAAGGGCGGGCAAUGGCAGCAAACAUUACAGUUGUUUGCGGACUUGCCCAACGGGCCAUUGGCAGGUCUUUGUUUCAGAAGUGCAUCUUACCAGACAUUCAGGAAUUAA